UAGUCGGAUAUAGUUAUUUUCCUUCUGAAGUUUCUCCAUGGCGGUGGACACAAAGCACUGAGAUCGUGGAAGUCUGCGUUAGAGCAAGGACAAUAAUUCUGGAAGGAACAAACGCAUUUUUAAGGAGAAGCGAUUGAAAGUUUUCCGCAUGGUUUUACUUGUUUUAUCAAGAUUGCGGUAACUGGGUAGUUACCAAUAAGUUGAAAGUUCAAAGGUGUAAUAGAGGGAUUCGUGUAGUUGUAGCUUAAGUUUGAAACGGCUUUUAGAAUAGCUGAGAAUGCGUUGGUUUAUUCAAGUUUUGUUUUCAUUUACUUGUUUGGCUGUCUUCAGCCACAGUGCUAUGGAUGAAUGCACUGACGAUUCGAGUCGUCCUCAGCGAUGCAUGCCAGAGUUUGUCAACGCUGCUUUCAAUGUCACUGUGGUAGCUACCAAUACUUGUGGCUCUCCACCAGAAGAAUACUGCGUACAAACCGGGGUUACGGGGGUCACCAAGUCGUGCCACAUCUGCGAUGCCAGGGAUCGCAGACAACACCACAGUGCUGUGUACCUCACCGAUUACAACAAUCAACAGGACACCACCUGGUGGCAAAGUCAAACUAUGUUAGCGGGCAUCCAGUAUCCACACUCGAUCAAUGUAACUCUUCAUCUUGGCAAGGCUUUCGACAUCACUUACGUGCGACUCAAGUUCCACACCAGCCGCCCAGAGAGCUUCGCCAUCUACAAGCGCACAAGUGAGGAUGGACCAUGGACGCCUUACCAGUACUACAGUGGCUCCUGUGAGAAGACCUACCAGAAGACCAACAGGGGCUUCAUCCGCACCGGACAGGACGAACAACAGGCCCUGUGUACAGACGAGUUCAGCGACAUCUCACCCCUGACCGGAGGAAACGUCGCCUUCUCCACCCUUGAAGGCCGGCCCAGUGCUUACAACUUUGACAACAGCCCAGUUCUUCAGGAAUGGGUGACGGCCACAGAUAUCAAAGUGACCCUGAACAGGCUCAACACUUUCGGAGAUGAAGUUUUCAAUGAUCCCAAGGUCCUGAAAUCCUACUACUACGCUAUCUCAGACUUUGCAGUGGGAGGAAGGUGCAAGUGCAACGGCCAUGCGAGUGAGUGUGCGAAAAACAACGGUUUCGGCAAGCCGGUUUGCAACUGCAAGCACAACACAGAGGGCGAUGACUGCAAUGUGUGCAAGCCGUUCUACAAAGACCGUCCCUGGAGGAGAGCUACAGCCAAUAACCCUAACGAGUGUCUGCCGUGCAACUGUAAUGGCAAGAGUGCAGAGUGCUACUUCGACCCUGAGCUGUACCGUGCCACCAGCCACGGAGGACACUGCCGCAACUGUGCCGACUACACAGACGGGCCCAACUGUGAGCGCUGCCUGGACAACUACUACAGAGACACAUCUGGCACCCGCUGCCUGCCCUGCAGCUGCAACCCAGUAGGCUCUCUGGCCACUCAGUGUGACAACACGGGACGCUGCAGCUGUAAACCAGGUGUGAUGGGGGACAAGUGUGACCGCUGCCAACCUGGCUUUCACACAUUGACCGAAGCAGGCUGCAGACCUUGCUCCUGUAACCCUUCCGGAAGCACACAGGAGUGUGAUGUCCAGACAGGCCGUUGCCAGUGCAAGGACAACGUGGAGGGCUUCAGCUGUGACAGGUGUAAGCUGGGCUACUUCAACAUGGACCCGCAGAACCCUCAGGGUUGCACUCCGUGCUUCUGCUUCCAGCAUUCCUCUGUCUGUGACAGCGCUGAAGGCUACAGCAUUGACACAGUCUCCUCCACCUUCGACCGAGAUGAUGAGCGGUGGACAGGCCAGCAGCGUGACGGCUCCAGUGUUUCAGUCCAGUGGUCCGCUGGUGGAGAGAUCUCCCUCAUCUCCGAUGACUACUUCCCAAUGUACUUUGUGGCUCCAGAGAGGUUCCUGGGCAAUCAGCUGCUGAGCUAUGGCCAGAAUCUCACCCUGAACUUCCGGGUGGACAGGAGAGACACACGCCUCUCAGCCGAGGAUGUGGUUCUGGAGGGGGCUGGUCUCAGAGUGGCUGUGCCUCUCAUUGCUCAGGGAAAUGCCUAUCCUGGAGAGAACAUGCAGACGUUUGUGUUCAGGCUCCACGACAGCACAGACUACCCCUGGAGGCCCACCCUCACUCACUCAGAGUUCCAGAAGCUUCUGCACAAUCUGACGUCCAUCAAGAUCCGUGGCACCUACAGCGAGAGAAGUGCUGGUUACCUUGACGAUGUGAAGCUGAUCACGGCGAGGAGAGGUCCCGGGAGCCCGGCUCGCUGGGUAGAGAAGUGUACCUGCCCUCAAGGCUACGUGGGACAGCACUGUGAGAGGUGCGCCCUGGGAUACAGGAAGAGCAGACCAGACCUGGGGCCCUUCAGUUCCUGUGACUCCUGCAACUGUAACGGACACAGUGACACGUGCAACCCCGACACAGGGAUGUGUGACUGCCAACACAACACAGCUGGGCUCAGUUGUGAGAGGUGUAAAGACGGUUACUAUGGAGACUCCACUGUGGGGAGUUCCAGCGACUGCAAGCCCUGCCCGUGCCCUGGAGGAUCCACUUGUGCUGUUGUGCCCAAGACCAAGGAAGUUGUCUGCACCAACUGUCCUACUGGAACCACAGGCAAGCGCUGCGAGCUGUGUGAUGACGGUUUCUUCGGAGACCCCCUGGGGGAGAACGGGCAGGUGAGGGUCUGUCGGGCCUGUAAGUGUAGCGACAACAUCGACCCCAACGCUGUGGGCAACUGUGACCGAGAGACCGGGGAGUGCCUCAAGUGUAUCUACAACACAGACAGCUUCUUCUGUGACCGCUGCAAAGAGGGCUUCUAUGGAAACCCUCUGGCCAUCAACCCCAACGACAAGUGCAAAGCCUGCUCCUGCUCUCCAUAUGGCACAGUGGACAGACAGACCAGCUGUCUACAGGUCACAGGCCAGUGCCAGUGUUUCCCCCACGUCACCAACAGGGACUGCAGCGCCUGUCAGCCUGGCUUCUUCAACCUGCGGAGUGGAACAGGCUGUGAACAGUGCAACUGCAAUCCUAUUGGGUCCACCAACGGUCAGUGUGACAUCGGUUCCGGUCAGUGUGAAUGCCAGCCCGGCGUCACCGGUCAGCGCUGUGAACGUUGUGAGGUUAACUUCUUCGGAUUCGGAUUGUCAGGCUGCAAACCGUGCGACUGUGACCCAGAGGGCUCCUCGACGGCCCAGUGUAAGGAAGAUGGCCGCUGUGCGUGCCUUCCAGGCUUUGUGGGAGCCAGGUGUGACAUGUGUGAGGAGAACUACUUCUACAACCGUUCUACUCCCGGCUGCCAGCAGUGUCCGUCCUGUUACUCCCUCGUCAGAGACAAGGUGAACCAGCAGAGACAGAAGCUGCAUGAUCUGCAGACUUUGAUUGACAACCUGGGCUCCACGUCAGAGACUGUGAGUGACAAGGCGUUUGAGGACCGACUGAAGGAGGCAGAGAAAUCCAUCAUGGACCUACUGGAUGAGGCUCAGACCAGCAAAGAUGUGGACAAAGGCCUGCUGGAGCGCCUGGGGAAACUGAACAGCACACUGACCACUCAGUGGAAUCGUCUGCAGAACAUCAGGAACACCGUGGACAACACCGGAACCCAGGCCGACAAGGCCCGCAACCGGGUCCGAGACGCCGAGGACCUGAUCGGCCGCGCCCGCGAGGAACUGGACAAGGCCAAGGAGGCCAUCAGCAAACUGGACAUCAAAGCACCCUCAAUCAGUGGAGAUCCUAACAACAUGACCCUUCUGGCAGAGGAGGCUCGCAAUCUGGCCAACAAACAUAAAAUGGACGCGGAUCAAAUUGAGAAGAUCGCCAAGGAUGCCAACGACACGUCCACCAAGGCUCUCAACCUGCUGACAAAGACUCUAGAUGGCGAGGGCAAGACCAACCAAGACAUUGAUGAGCUCAACAGGAAGUACAAUGAGGCAAAGGAUCUGGCCAAGAACCUGGAGAAACAGGCCAACAAGGUGCAUGCUGAGGCAGAGGAGGCAGGCGACAAAGCCCUAAAGAUCUACGCUAACCUGACAAGCCUGCCACCUUUCAACACCAAAUCACUGGAGGACGAAGCGAGCAAGAUCAAGAAGGAAGCAUCUGACCUGGACAAGCUGAUUGACAAGACCGAGAAAGAGUACAACGACUUGAGGGACGACCUGAGAGGGAAGGAGACUGAGGUCCGCAAGCUGCUGGAGAAGGGCAAGACGGAGCAGCAGACUGCCGAUCAGUUGCUGGCUCGUGUCGAUGCUGCCAAGGCGCUGGCUGAGGAGGCCGCCAAGAAGGGGAGGACCACCUACCAGGAGGCCCAAGACAUUCUGGGAAAUCUGAGAGACUUUGACAAGCGGGUGAAUGACAACAAGACGGCAGCUGAGGACGCCAUGAAGAGAAUCCCAGAGAUCAACGCUACCAUCAUCGCGGCCAAUGAGAAGACCAAGCAGGCUGAGGGGGCGCUAGGCAACGCAGCUGCAGACGCCAAGGAGGCCAAGAACAAGGCAGAGGAGGCAGAAAAGAUAGCCAGCGCUGUGCAGAAGGGUUCUGCUAAGACCAAGGCGGAUGCGGAGAAAGCCUUUGAGGACACUAUGAUGCUGGAUGGGGAGGUGAACGGCAUGAUGGACCAGCUGAGUGCAGCCGAGGCAGAGCUGGCCAAGAAGAAAGCUGAGGCCGACCAGGACAUGAUGAUGGCUAGCAUGGCAUCAGACAAUGCGAAGGAAGCGGAGGACAACGCCCGCAAAGCCAAGAGUGCUGUCAGGACCGUUCUCAACACCAUCAACGACCUGCUCAAGUCACUGGGCAACAUUGACAAGGUGGACCUGAGCAAGUUGGGCUUGAUUGAGGGGUCGCUGAAGCAGGCCAAGGACAAAAUGGCGAACAGCGACCUGGACCGCAAGCUGGCGGAGCUGAACGACGUGGCCAAGAGCCAGGAGGAGAUGAUCACCGACUACGACAGGCAGAUCAGGGAGAUCCGGUCUGACAUCGCCAACCUCAACGACAUCAAGGACACUUUACCCGACGGCUGCUUCAACACCCCAUCCCUAGAGCGACCUUAACCCCCUCUCUCUCCACCACCUGUACCCUCCUUCCUCAUAUCCCGUCUGUACCGCUCAUUCCCCAUAUCCCGCCUGUACCGCUCCUUCCCCAUAUCCCGCCUGUACCGCUCCUUCCUCAUAUCCCGCCUGUACCGCUCCUUCCCCAUAUCCCGCCUGUACCGCUCCUUCCUCAUAUCCCGCCUGUACCGCUCUUUCCCCAUAUCCCGCCUGUACCGCUCCUUCCUCAUAUCCCGCCUGUACCGCUCUUUCCCCAUAUCCCGCCUGUACCGCUCUUUCCCCAUAUCCCGCCUGUACCGCUCUUUCCCCAUAUCCCGCCUGUACCGCUCUUUCCCCAUAUCCCGCCUGUACCGCUCUUUCCCCAUAUCCCGCCUGUACCGCUCCUUCCCCAUAUCCCGCCUGUACCGCUCCUUCCCCAUAUCCCGCCUGUACCGCUCCUUCCCCAUAUCCCGCCUGUACCGCUCCUUCCCCAUAUCCCGCCUGUACCGCUCCUUCCCCAUAUCCCGCCUGUACCGCUCCUUCCCACGUCUAACACUCUGGCAGAAUGCCACCUUUUUACCAAAACGGUUGAAAUGUUUUCUUUUGUCUUCUUUUUUUUUCUACAAGAGAAGCUAAGUUUCAUGGUUUUAAAGAAAGAGAAGAAGCAGCUUUGACAUGCAGAAACGUGAAAUGAACUAAAGGCAGUCGACAAAAAACGUGCAUCCAUUCUCCUUCGGUGCAGCAGGUUAGGAGUGGUGUGGCAUACCUCGCUCCAGAGUAAUGAAAACCCACAUGACUGCACCACCUCCAGACUGUUCCUACACUUCUACGUGGAGGACCAUUACACUGUCUUGUUUCAUCACAACCUAAACCACCCCGACAGAGAAACAAGGAGAAAUGUCCUCAGCCUUUUCGGUUGGGUCUAUGUCAUAUGAUAUAGCAUUUGUUUUAUUUGAUAUGGUAUCUAACAAGUUAUCCUUACCCAUCAUUCUAGACCCAAGGGCAUGCUGGGAAUGGUUUGUCUGCGAGAUAUAUUUUAGCUAUAGGUAUUGUGCAACUUCCAUUACAUAUGUGCCAUCCUUGGUGUUAUCAACCAUUUGUUUAAAAAACAAGCAGUGAAGGAAUUCUCACAAGUUUAUAUAUUUUGUUUGCCUUCAUUCACUUCCAAAGCUACAUGUCUUGCAUGGAGAAAGUAUUCCUGUUAUUAUUACACAUUUUUACAGUAUUCAACUCUACUGCACAUUCUGCUCCAUACCCACAUUAAAUAAUACUGCAGUUUACUAUAGAAUACUACAUUACUUAGUAUAGAAUUCUGUAGUAAACUGUAGUAUACUAUACUACACAUUGCACUACAGCAUUUCCCAAAUUCUGUCCUCUGGACCCCAAGGUGUGCACAUUUCGUUUUUUGCCCUGGCACUACACCGCUGAUUCAAAUAAUCAACUCAUCAAGGUUGGAUUAUUUGAAUCGGCUGUGUAGUGCUAGGGCAAAAAUACAAAAAUGCACCUCUUGGAGUCCCCAGGACCGAGUUUGGGAAACGCUGCUGUAGUAUAUAUCGAUCAUUGGUAGUACUUACUAUAGAAUGUUGUAGUAUACUAUAGUAAAUACUACAGUAUACUAUAGACAAAAAUACUACAGUAAUGUCUGCAAAAACACUGCAGUAAUUACUGUACUAUAUAUAUUACAGGAUUUAAUUUGCGUAUACCCUGCCCAUUCCCAUAUCCCAAUUUGUGGCACCAAUAAGUGACAAACCUACGUUUGGUAUAGUAUAGAUUAUAUAUUGUGUUCCCUACAGGUUAUAAAAAGGAGCAGAAGCUCUGAACUCUCCGUUCAGACCUCAGUCCUACCGACCUACAGGUAUGGUACAUUUUCUUUUGUGUAUUUUUUCCAGUAGGUUUCCUCAAGGAUAACAUGUCAAAGAUAAUAAAACAAGAACAUUAUAGUAAAUACUACAGUUAUUUCCGCAAAAACCCUACAGUAAAUACUACACUCCACAAAAAUACUACAGUAAUUACUAUAGUGUAUAUACUACAGUUUUUUUCUUACGACAGUGUUUACUGUGAACAGUAAAUACUACAGUAAACUACAGUCAUGUCGGCAAAACUACAGUAAAUACUACAGUAUUCACUGUAUUUUGACACGACAUUCACUUUUUUCACUACAGUAUUUUUUCACUCCACUGAAUACUACAGUAAAGUCUCCAAAAACACUACAGGGAAUACUAUAGUAUUUAACAAUAGUAUACCUUAGUAUUUUUUCAUGUGGGCAUGCACAACUGAAACGCUGUUAAAUGAAACCAGCAAGUGGGUCUUUAAAAUGGCUCUGAUAUUUUUGACAUUUGAGACAGUCCUGUACCGCCCAGUCAAACAAUAUGGUUAAAUAUAAUUGUAUGUAAAAAAAUAUAUAUAUAUAUAUAUAUAUUAUUAACACUACAAAUCUUGUGUUUUGUCUGAUGUUUUUUCCUCCCUAAGCUGCUGCUUAAAACAGGUGUAUUGCAAAUCACAUAUUUUUAAGACAAAAUUCUACACUAUGCAACUUUGUACAUUUUGCGUAGCAAGACUUUAUCUGAUACACUGGUGCUAAUAAUUAUUUCAAAUGUUAUAUUUUUGUGUGAAUGUUUUUUAUUAUGAUAUAGAGUGAGGAAAUAUUAUUUGUGUAAAUAUAUGCUUAAAUGAUUCAGGGCUGGCUGAUUGUUAAACCCAAGACCCAGCGGCCAUCGUAUAGGUUCUAUCGCUAAAAAAUCAACAAACCUCCACAUAAUAUAUAAAUAUAUAUGAUAAGUUCUGUGGUAUAAUAUGCUUGCUUGUGUACAUGGCUCGGUGUUGUUGCCUUAUAGCUCUGCCAUUAUUAAUUUGUGUUUAAUUAUCAGUCACCAAUUAAUUGAUGAAUGCUUUUAAAACAAGAACCUUUAUCCUUGACUGAUAAAUUCAGGACUGUGUAAGGGAUGGCCCUAAAGAAGCCAUCGGUCUACAUUGAGCCUAUCAUUUCAUUUUACUGAAUUUAAAUCCUUGACUCCAAGAAAAUAAACUUGGUCACAAGUUGGUAGUUAACCAUUUAGUGUUUUGUGCUUUAAUAUGUGGUCAAUAUUCACAUCACUUAGUUCCUAACAAGGGCGUCACGUUUAUCGCACACAUUACGUUUCAGACAAACACUCUUUUCACACAUUACAUUGUCUCCUCACACGUUCGCUACUCGGUGUCCUCGCAUUUCAGUAGAACAGCAGGGAUUUUGUUGAUGGGUCCAGAACAUCAGCCAGCCACAAUACAGUAAAUGAAUAGGUUAUAACCUGGAAACCACUCAUCCUUCCCAUUCAACAUCUCUCAUCCUCAAUACACUAAUACUCACUCCUUUCCUUAGCCUGCCUUCUGUCAUGUUAUCUGUUGGAUAGUUGUUAGCUAACCUUUUACCCACAAUUUUAUAGAUGUGGCAGCGGCUAAAACGUUGUACUCUGCAGUGAACCAUCUUUUGCCGUCUCGUAACCCUCCAGGCUACCACACUGCUGUGGAAGAAUGUGCAGCACAUACUGUUUGAUGUAUAAAACAGUAUUUCUAAUUUAUAAUGUCUCAAGUAUUUGUAUUAUUUUGUUGCAGAAGAUGAUGAUAUGUAUGUGUUGCACAAUCUUGUUGUGGUCAUUUGGCUAUGGAGGGCAUGUUCUGUUGUACAAUAUAAUACAAUGGCACCAAUUCACUGCAACAUUUCAUUUGUGAGGACCUGAGAGAACCCUGUUUGUGACUCAAUUGCCUGUAAAUCCAAUCGUAACAUUUAAAAUAAUAAAAAAAUUAUUACAGGAA